UAUGAACUUCACAAUUGAAGCUUGUAAUUUGCACUUCGAGAAUGCGUUGUUUUUUAAUACCAUUCUCAUUGGAAUGUUCCUUUGUCUUGGGAUAUUAGGAAAUGGUCAGGUUCUAUACCUUUACAAAUUCAAGAUGCCUCAAACAGAGGAACGAUUUUUCAUACCCCAUCUGGCAGUGGCGGAUUUAUUGUCGAGUGUUUGUUUGGCAUUGCUUGGGAUAACAAUUAAUUUUCAUUAUGUUAACUUUCCAUAUGAAAUUUUGUGCCAGCUUCUUCACUAUUUUUCUUGGGUGACAACGUCGUGGUCCGCAUUUAUUUUGUUAAUGAUUUCUAUCAGUAGAUAUUUAAAAAUUUGUCGUCCAACAGGAAAACAAAUGACAAUAUUUUUAAAGAAGUGUGCCGUUUAUGGAUGUCUAGCUUUUGCAAUUAUCAACACUCUUCCGGUAAUUUACUUUGCUGGUUACCGCUCCCAGAAUGCUAUAUGUCUGGAAAGUAACGUUACCGUGGUGAUGUGUGAGCUAAGAGAAUUCUCUGGAUCAACACACAUUUUGAAAAUGGUCUACAUUUUCUUCGAAAUUUGUGUAAUAUUUUCAAAUGCAGGGCUAACAGCAGCGUUAUAUGUCCCGAUAGGGCUUCAGAUUUACAGAAGGUUUCAGAAAAGAACUAAGCAAAAAAGAAAACCUCCGAAACUUCCCGAAAGCAGUGGAAACAGAGAUUCAACUUCGGCGUCCGCUAGAGAAACAGUGGAAACUUCGUUUUCCACCGACAUUGAUUAUGACAGAAAAGGAAUGCGAAAAGAAGAAACUCAAAGUACAGAUCUUUGUUAUACCCAGAAAGACCUUGGAAAAGACUGUGAUAAAGUACCUGCUUGGGAACCGGAUGCAGUAUACAAGGGUGAUGGUGUAGAAAAUGCUUUUGAGAUAAAAAGUACUUCUGUUAAUAUUAACAAAAAGAGAGACAGCUGCACGAAUAUUGCACUCAAAUCUAUCAGUACAAGACAGAGAAAAACCGUUAAUGUUAGAAAUAACUUCACCUACAUGUUUAUAACUAUAAUAAUAUUUUAUAUGUUAUCAUAUCUCCCAACGUUUGUCACUAUUCUUUUGGCAACAAAAGAUCCAUUUCAUUAUUGGUACUCUAUGGAUACAGUAACUUUAAAUUUCAUUAUGUUACUAAGGAGGUCAUCAAUUAUAAAUCAUAUCGUCAAUCCUAUUAUAUACGGUUAUUUUGAUGUAGUGUUUAGGAACGCUUUUAUCAAUUUUUUUUGCACCUGUAAAUGCAAAUAAAGGGUUUUUAU